AUGGAUAGUUCUUCUUCCAGUCAUGGGAUUGAACAACUCCAACAAGGAUGUUAUUAUGAGUGGAUGAGUUUACAAGCUAAACACAUAGUAAACCUCAAAGAAGCACUAAUGAAAAACGAUGCUCAUCACAAACUCGAAGAACUCGUUGGUGUAAUCGUCAAUGACUUCCAAAGAUACGCCGAAAAACGAUCAGAGCUUUCUAAUCGAAGUUGUUCUAGCUACUUUGCGCCGUCGUGGAACUCCUCUCUAGAGAAUGGUUUACUAUGGAUGGGAGGAUGUCGUCCUUCUUCUUUCAUUAGAGUUAUUUACGCUUUGUGUGGAUCCCAGACAGAAACCCAGUUUUCUUCUCAGUAUUUUCACAAGAUCGAUGGAAAUGAAAACGCUGAUGAAAGUGAUGGAUUCAUGAGUGAGCUUACCGCGAUGCAACUUGGUAACAUCAACGAGUUGCAUAUUAAGGUGAUACAUAAAGAAGAUAAGAUAACGAAGCAAUCUGCGAACAUGCAAGAAGAUGUUGUGGAUAUGCCUAUCGCGGUCACAGCUUACUCGAGGGAUUUGGUUGAAGCUGGCGUUGAAGUUGAAGAUGCUUUAGAUAAGCAUGAAGAGGGCAUGGCGGUUUUAAUGGCCGAGGCUGAUAAGUUGAGGAUAGAGACUUUAAGGAAGAUCGUGGAGGUUAUGACACCGGUUCAAGCGGCGGAGUUUUUGCUCGCCGGGAAGAGAUUACACGUAUCGUUGCAUGAGUGGGGAAGGGUUAGAGAAGAACGUCGUUUUGGUCGUGCACAUGCGGGUGCUGUCGCCGGAGGAGCCGGAGCCGGGAAGCCAAAGAGAUCAGCCACUUGUUGA